UGACCUAAAACAGAGGAAGUUGGUCAAUAUGGGAAAACCCAGAAGCAGACGAAGCAGAAAAAAAGCUCUAGUUUAGCACCCCGGUGCUGUGUUAUUAAUAACAUAGCUGUUAUUAAAGCAAAAUAGAGGGGAAAGUGUUGAGAAUCUGGAGUAGGGAAUAACGGGAUGAGAAUGAGCUCCAGCGUCACCACGGAGACAUUAGUGAGGAGGCUGAACCACUCCACACUGCGCAAACUCUCUGACUUCCUGGACCCUAAAGACGCAUGGAAAAGUGUCCUAGUGGACAUAAAGAAGGACAAUGGGGAGCCGAGGUACACCCAGUUACACCUCAGGAGGUUUGAGAGGUUGGUAGCCCAAGGUAAAAGUCCUACAGUGGAGCUGUUGUAUGAUUGGGGUACCACAAACUGCACAGUCGCAGAGCUGGUGGAAAUUCUUCUCAGACACAAGCUGAUCGCACCUGCCAAAGUACUACUGCCAGAUAUAACUGUACCACCUGAUGACACACAAUGGAGAGCAGUGGAGGAUCCACCCUCUCAGUAUUACCGUGAGCAGACUCAGGUUUGUGCGGUGAAAUUCGAUAAAGUAACACUAAAAGAAGACGCGCCUUACACGUUGCCUGACAGCACCACAGGACCUGAGGAGAAUCAAGAGCCUAAUGAAGAAGGUUUCUACGCCUUCACUUAUCAUAAACUGACACACAUCACAGGGAACUGGGAUGAACGGCCUGCUUCAUUGGGAGGCAGGAGACUCGGAGAGGGCGGCUUUGGAAUUGUAUUCAAGGGUCUGCACAACAUCAAGCCUGUGGCUGUAAAGAAACUGAGCUUAGUAGAUUAUUUGUCUCCAGAGGAGCUCAAGACUCAGUUCAAUCAAGAGAUACAAACACUAAAGAGGUUAAAACAUGUGAAUCUGGUAAAUAUGGUUGGCUAUUCCAGUGAUGGCCAGUAUCCAUGUUUGGUCUAUGCUUUCAUGUCGAACGGUUCGUUAUUGGAUCGACUAGCAUGUUUGGAGGGCAGCAGUCCAUUGUCCUGGCAGAUAAGAGGUGCUAUAGCACUUGGAACAGCCAGAGGCCUUGAGUACCUUCACCAGCACAACCACAUACAUCGUGAUGUAAAAAGUGGGAACAUCUUGUUGGACGAAUCCUUCGUUCCCAAGAUUUCAGAUUUUGGAUUAACGCGCGCAUCGGUUAAACUCUCGUGUACGACUGUGUUUACGGAGAGAAUUGUGGGGACGACGGCUUACAUGGCACCAGAGGCCCUGAGAGGAGAAAUCACCCCAAAAUCAGACGUCUUCAGCUUCGGAGUGGUGCUACUUGAAAUUCUGUCUGGACUGCCUCCUGUUGAUGAAAACCGGGACCCAAUUCUUCUGAUGGAUAUGAAGGAUGAGAUAGAUGAUGAGGAGGUCAAACUGGAGGAGUUUAUAGAUAAGAAAAUGUUGGAUUGGGAUAUGGAGUCUGUGGAAAGGAUGUACCAUGUGGCCAGCCAGUGUCUGAGUGAAAAAAAAAACAGGAGGCCUUUGAUUAAGGAGGUACUUGCUGAGAUGGAGGGAUCUUAAAGCUUAAUCACCUACACCCACCAAGACGAGCGAUGAGAAACUGAACUAUCAUUUUCGGUUACGUCUGAUCCGUCGUGUAAAUUUUUGUAAUUUAGAACUAUUUUCCUGAAAUGAAAAGGACUCAAUUUUGGUUUCAAUAUUUUUAUUUGUUAAAAACAUUAGAGAUAAGCACUCUUAAGACCACCAGACAUGAGACAUAAUUCACUAUUUCAUUCCAUUUACAUGAUCGUUGUUUCAUGAACAGUGGAUUCUCGCACAUUUUUUCGGCUAGUCAUGCUAGUAGUUUUCCUGACACCUUGGUGCUACAUCAUCGAAAAUAAACACCAGUGCCUUAGAAAAAGCAAUAGUAGCAAUUGAGCUAAUAUUAAAGAAAUAAUUAUUGUAAAUAUUUAUUUCAAGUAAUUCAGUGAAUAAAAAUUCUAAAGCCAA